AUGCUUCAACUAAAACUUGAUCGAUUUUCCUCAGAUUUAGCAAAUCAACAUCCAUUUUUGAAUACUUUUAUUGAACGUGCAUUAGUUAUUAUUAAUCACAAUAAGUUUCAACAGAAUGUUUUAAAUGAAUUAUGUGCUCAAGUUGUAGAAAAUCGUACAAAAGAUUGUAAUCAAUUACAACAAUUUGUCGAAGAAGGACUUGCUCAACUGAAAAUGGAAGUUUGCAUUGAUAAAUUAGAAGUACCUGAUGUUCUUAUGCAAUGUGAAGUGUUCAAUUACAAUGAAAAUAAACCAUGUCAGAUAUUUAUUAGUCAAUUAGUGAGUAUCUCAACAACACGAACCACCAAAAAAUCUAAAGAAAUUGGUGAUAUGAGAUAUGGUGGUGAACAAAUUUUGUUAGGUGGUCGACUUUUUCCAAUUAUAGAUUGUUCAUCUGAUAAAAAAUUUAAGAUUAUUGGCUUGCGUCUAGAUGUACACGAAAAAUCAUCAAUUGCAUCUAGUAAAUACAUUGUUAGUCGAAGUUUUAUUGACACAUUAUUUGACAUCGAAAAGCUAAAAGCAAGUGAUGAUCUUAGUCAGUUAAAAGUCGAAUUGAAUAAUCCAUUUGAAUUUGAUCAAAAAACAAAAACUGUACGUCAUAUUGGUCCAGUUCGUUCAAAGCGUCAAAAACUUCGACGAGCAGAUUCGGAUUCAUCAUUAUUGUCGACAAGCACCAGCGGUAGCACAUCUAUGGAUUCGGAUGAUUUACAUAAUAUUGAUCCAAAUGAUCCAAAUGUUUUAUAUCCACCUUAUUAUAUACCUCCUCCAGGUUUCAUUCCUUGUUCUCCAAACUCGACAAUAUCUGAAGAUGAUGAUCACACAGAAGUAUAUAUUAAUGGGAUGCCACCCAACUUUCGAGAUUAA